AUGGGCACAUUCGCAAAGGUCUUGCGCGUCAUCGUGCGAAACGAUGCCAUGCGCGAAGACUUCGGUGGUAUGCUGUUCGGUUGGGAUAUCGGCGCCAUUGGCGGUGUCUUGGCCAUGAAGGAAACUCAGACGCAAUUCGGAUACGCCGACGCUCUCCAGCCAGUCAAGGAUAAGCACGACCAGGACAUCGUCUCCACCCUUCAGGGUGGCUGCUUCUUCGCCUGUCUCAUCACCCCCUGGCUCGCUGACCGCUACGGACGUCGCCUCUCUCAUCGGUACCGCGGCUCUUUCGCCCUCAUGUUCGUCGGUCGAUUCGUCGCCGGUCUCGGUGUCGGUGCCGCCUCCAUGUUGACCCCCUUUACGUCUCCGACUCUGUACCAGCUCUUCAUCGUGACUGGUGUCAUGAUCUCUUUCUGGAUCAACUACGGCUCCAAGGCGCACUUCAAGGGUAUCUCCGUCUUCAUCGUUCCUCUGGUUUUGCAGGCUCUCCCUGCCAUCCUUCUCUCCGUCGGAAUGUUCCUCGUCCCUGAAAGCCCCCGUUGGUGCGCCAAGCAGGACGACUGGGAAUCGAGCACGACCAUCCUUGCUAAGCUUCGACAGCUUCCUGCCGAUCACGAGUACGUUCAGAGCGAAGUGCGAGACAUGGCCCAGCAACUUGAGCAGGAGCGCCUGCUUGUCGGUGAUGCCUCGACCAAGACUCUUCUCAAGGAAAUGUGGCUCGUUCCGUCUAACCGUAAGCGAGCCCUCAUCUCGGUUAUGCUCAUGGUUUGCCAGCAGAUGACUGGUGUCAACGCCGUUAACUACUACGCCCCGCAAAUCUUCCGCUCUCUCGGACUCGAUGGCGAUCUCGUCUCUCUCCUCGCGACCGGCGUCUACGGAAUCGUCAAGGUCGUGGGCUGCCUCUGCUUCCUCCUCUUCUUCGCCGACUCCCUUGGUCGCAGGCGCAGUUUGCUCUGGACCUCCGCCGCGCAGUGCAUCGUCAUGUUUAUCGUCGGUAUCUACGGCCGCGUUGAGCCCCCGUCGAGGGCCGAGACGUACAUUACCGGUUUCGGCAUCUUCGCCAUCGCGUGUAUCUACCUUUGGGCUACCUUCUUCCAGUUCGGUUGGGGCCCGGUCUGCUGGAUUCUCGUCAGUGAAAUCCCCACCGCGCGUCUCCGAGCCCUCAAUGUCGCUCUGGCUGCUGCCGUUCAGUGGCUCUUCAACUUCAUCAUUGCCCGAACGGUGCUCGAGAUGAAGCGCACCAUGGGCACCGCCGGUUACGGCAUGUUCUUCCUCUUUGGCUGCUUCUGCGCUCUCAUGGGUGUCUUUGUCUGGUUCUUCAUUCCCGAGACCAAGGGUUUGUCCCUGGAAAAGAUGGAUGAGCUCUGGGGAGCCAACAAGGAUCACGAGAAGAGGGUGGAGCUCGAGCGCGACGGAAGCGUGCACGAGGCUACCCCGCAAAGGCAUCUCAGUAAAUAUUGUGGCAAGGAAGAUGGAUCGCUUUGUCGAUAUAUCCUUGAAAAUAAGAGGUGA